CACCCGCCGCUCCUCCGCCGCUUCCCCGCUCCGCUCGGGGCCCGCGGCCCUUCCCGGCGGCCCGGCCUGGGGCGGGGGCGGUGACACCCCGGGCAUCCCGCAGGAAACCCUCCUCACAUGAGUGUUGGUGAAAAUGGGGGACACAAGGGACAUCUGUCCCCACCUGGAUUCCAUAGGAGAGGUGACCACGGAUGAUCUGCUGCUCAAAUCCAAGGGAACUUGCCAGUCUUGUGGAGCUGUGGGACCAAACCUCUGGGCUUGUCUUCAGAUUGGCUGUCCUUAUGUUGGUUGUGGGGAGUCCUUUGCUGACCACAGCACACUUCAUGCACAGGCCAAGAAGCACAACCUGACAGUGAACCUGACCACGUUCCGUGUGUGGUGCUAUGCCUGUGAGAGGGAAGUGUUCCUGGAGCAGCGCCUGGCCCAGCCCCCCUCACCCCCCAGCAAGUUCCCUGAGCAGGAUUCUCCUUUGCCUGCUCACCCUCUGAAAGCUGUUCCCAUUGCAGUGGCUGAUGAAGGCGAAUCUGAAUCAGAGGAUGAUGAUUUGAAACCAAGAGGCCUUACUGGAAUGAAAAAUCUUGGGAACUCCUGCUACAUGAAUGCAGCACUUCAGGCUCUCUCAAACUGCCCACCUCUGACACAGUUUUUCCUGGAAUGUGGUGGACUGGUCCGUACGGAUAAGAAACCCGCCCUGUGCAAAAGUUACCAGAAGUUGGUGUCUGAGGUUUGGCACAAGAAACGCCCGAGUUAUGUUGUUCCAAGCAGUCUCUCCCAUGGAAUCAAGCUUGUCAACCCCAUGUUCCGAGGCUAUGCACAGCAGGACACACAGGAGUUCCUGCGCUGCCUGAUGGAUCAGCUCCAUGAGGAGCUGAAGGAACCCAUCGUGGCAGAGACGAGGGACCUGGACAGCAGCGAGCAGGAGGAGAAGCGCGAGGGCGACCGAAGCCCUUCAGAGGACGAGUUCCUCUCCUGUGACUCCAGCAGUGACAGGGGUGAGGGAGAGGGCCAGAGUCGGACCUCAGGGAGCAUGGGCAGCAGCUCCCUGGCAGAGACAGAGCUGCUGAUCCAGGAUGAAGCGGGGAGAGGGAUCUCGGAGAAAGAGAGGAUGAAGGACAGGAAGUUCUCGUGCGGCCAUCGGCGCAGCAACUCGGAGCAGGUGGAUGAGGAUGCAGAUGUUGAUACCACAAUGAUGCCAGUGGAUGGCAGAGCCUCACCUGAGAUGCUGCCAGCUCCCUGCCCUGCCAGCCCAUGUAGGACACCAGAGCCUGACAAUGAUGCCUAUGUGCGCUGCUCCUCGCGCCCCUGCAGCCCAGUCCAUCAUGAGAUGCACUCCAAGCUGUCCAGCUCUCCUCCCCGCUCCAGUCCUGCCAGGCUUGGACCUUCCUACAUACUCAAGAAAGCCCAGAUGCAGGCCUCUGGCAAAAAGAAGAAGGAGCUCCGGUACCGCAGUGUGAUUUCCGACAUCUUCGACGGCUCCAUCCUCAGCCUGGUGCAGUGCCUCACCUGUGACAGAGUUUCUACAACAGUGGAGACGUUCCAGGACCUGUCACUCCCAAUCCCAGGGAAGGAGGACUUGGCCAAGCUGCACUCUGCCAUCUACCAAAAUGUGCCAGCCAAGACAGGAGCAUGUGGGGACAGCUAUGCCUCACAGGGCUGGAUUGCUUUCAUCAUGGAGUACAUCCGCAGAUUUGUGGUGUCCUGUAUCCCUAGCUGGUUUUGGGGUCCCGUGGUGACACUGGAGGAUUGCCUUGCUGCCUUUUUUGCAGCAGAUGAGUUGAAGGGGGACAACAUGUACAGCUGUGAACGGUGCAAGAAGCUGCGGAAUGGAGUGAAGUACUGCAAAGUCCUGCGCCUCCCAGAGAUCCUUUGCAUCCACCUGAAGCGGUUCCGGCACGAGGUGAUGUAUUCCUUCAAGAUCAACAGCCACGUCUCCUUCCCCCUGGAGGGGCUGGACCUGAGACCCUUCCUGGCCAAGGAGUGUGUGUCCCAAAUCACCACCUACGACCUCCUGUCUGUCAUCUGUCACCACGGCACGGCUGGCAGUGGGCACUACAUUGCCUACUGCCAGAACGUGAUCAAUGGCCAGUGGUACGAGUUCGAUGACCAGUACGUCACCGAGGUGCACGAGACCGUGGUGCAGAAUGCAGAAGCCUACGUGCUGUUCUACAGGAAAAGCAGUGAGGAGGCUGUGAGAGAGCGUCAGAAGGUCGUGUCCCUGGCCAGCAUGAAGGAGCACAGUUUGCUCCAGUUCUACAUCUCUCGAGAGUGGCUCAAUAAAUUCAACACCUUUGCUGAGCCUGGGCCCAUCACCAACCACACCUUUCUGUGCUCCCAUGGAGGGAUCCCUCCUAAUAAAUACCAUUACAUUGAUGACCUGGUUGUGAUUCUGCCCCAAAACGUGUGGGAAUAUCUCUACAACAGGUUUGGGGGUGGCCCUGCUGUGAACCAUCUGUACGUGUGCUCCAUUUGCCAAGUGGAGAUCGAAGCCCUGGCCAAGCGCAGGAGGAUCGAAAUCGACACCUUCAUCAAGCUGAACAAGGCUUUCCAGGCAGAGGAGUCUCCAAGUGUCAUCUACUGUAUCAGCAUGCAGUGGUUCCGGGAGUGGGAGGCCUUUGUCAAGGGCAAGGACAAUGAGCCCCCUGGACCAAUUGACAACACCAAGAUUGCCCUCACAAAACCAGGUGGCCACGUGCAAGUCAAGCAGGGUGCUGACUACGGGCAGAUCUCCGAGGAGACCUGGGUUUAUUUAAGCACCCUGUACGGGGGCGGGCCCGAGAUCGCCAUCAGACAGAACGUGGCCCAGGUGCAGGAGCUGGAGAACCUCCACGGGGAGCAGAAGAUUGAGGCAGAGACACGAGCAGUGUGAUGUGUGCAGAGGGGGCAGGGCAGGGCCGGCACACGUACCGCUGUGGGGGAUGGAGGCUGGGAGUCCUGCGGGGUCCAAAUCCUCCCUGGGCUGGGACUCGAGGUGUGUGCAGCUCCCCCAGCACUCCCGGGGCAGGCAGGCUUCCUCCUCCUCCUCCUCCUCCUCCUCCUCCUCCUCCUCCUCCUCCUCUCGUGUGGCUCUGAGCACGGGGUGGUGCUGGGAGAGGCUGGCACAGAGCUGCACCUCCCCUCUGGCUGCAGCCACGGUCACAGGCUUGUCCUGAGCUGAGCCCUCUCCCUUCCCUCUGCUUACACCAAACCAGCGCUCCCAGCUUGGCCCAGUGCACUGAGCUCUGCUCCUUUGCAGGUUUUGCUUUUGGCACUUCUCUUUUUAAUUCAAACAUGUAAAGAUAAUGAGACAUUAUUUAUGUUUCCAGCAGGCAGUGUUGCAAGCAGAGAAACCUGGUUUGAGUCUGAGUAAAGCCACAGGUUCUCCUGUGGUUUUGUGCUGGUGGUGCUGUCACAACUUCCUAUUUUGCUCUUUAUUGAAUUCUUGCAAAUUCAGUUGCAGUCAACUAAGACAUUUGGAAAGAAGCUCUUCCCUUCUCCUUUCACUCACAAACCCACACCUUCAUGGUCCUGCAGAAUUUUAUUUUCUCCUUGUGUCUGCUCUCCUAUGUUCAGCACAUUUUUGGACAAGGCUGGAAGGCUCCUCCUUCCCAAAGCUGCCUCAGGCUGACCCUGCCCUGAGCCUGUGUCUGACUCCCUGAGGGGGUGAAGCUGAGGAGGGGCCCCCCUUUGUUCACUCCAGAGCGGGCACCUGGGGCUGGGGAGGGGCCCAGGCUGGUGAAGCAGCUUUUUAGGAAGGAGCUCUUUGUGCAAACGAGCCCCACCUGUGUGCUGAGCUCAUUCCAGAUGUCCUUUGUGUGUGCAGUGGCUCACUGAACCCAUUUGCUCCCAAAUCUGCUGCCAACAGUGCAGCAGAGACAGAAAUGAGGGCAAAAAAGGCCAAACUCCACUUUCCUCAGCAGGGCCAUUCUUAACAUUCUUUUUGUUCAUCUUGCAGCAAGGCAGGAGUUGAAUCUUUGCAAGGCUUUGAGAGCAGUUUAAUGGAGCAGAGCUGGGCCUGAGGAGCCAAAAUGUGUUCAUGGUGUGGGUGAUGCCACAGCACCAAGUCUGGCCUGAGUGGAGCUGGGACCUCCCGAGCUCCUCAUAAAACA